UCAUGACUGCACAGUUGAGAGUCAGCUAUCUUUUCCCACUUCUUCUAGCUGGCUUCAUGCAAACAAAUCCCAUGUCGGAGAAAAUGAAGAUGGAUUGCUACAAAGAUGUGAAAGGCACCAUCUUUGACUAUGAGGCCUUUGCUAUUAAUGGAAAUGAAUACAUUCAGUUCAAGCGGUAUGUGGGCAAGCAUGUCCUAUUUGUCAACGUGGCCACCUAUUGUGGUCUGACAGCUCAGUAUCCUGAACUAAAUGCACUCCAGGAGGAGCUGAAGCCCUCCGGCCUAGUUGUGUUGGGCUUUCCCUGCAACCAGUUUGGAAAGCAAGAACCAGGAGACAACAAAGAGAUUCUCCUUGGACUCAAGUAUGUCCGCCCAGGGGGAGGAUUUGUACCUAAUUUCCAGCUUUUUGAGAAAGGGGAUGUGAAUGGCGAAGAAGAACAGAACAUCUUUACCUUCUUGAAGCAAUCCUGUCCUCACCCCUCUGAGAUUUUGGCCUCAUUCCGAUAUAUCUCCUGGGAACCCAUAAAAGUCCAUGAUGUCCGCUGGAACUUUGAGAAGUUCCUGGUGGGGCCCAAUGGAGUCCCCGUCAUGCGCUGGUCCCACCGGGCUACAGUCAGCACAGUCAAGUCAGACAUCCUGGCGUACUUGAAGCAAUUCAAAACUAAAUAG